AUGCCGGCGACCAUGACUCCGAUGGCGGCGGCGAACGUGCCCGCGCGCGGUGCGCAGACGGGUGCAAAGUCGGUUGAAUCGGAGGUGAAGCAGGGGGUGGAGGGGGUGGAAACGGUGGCGGAGACGGUGGUGGAGACGGUGGUGGAGGAGGGGGAGGCGCCCAAUUUGCUCUCAGUCAAGCCGCAGGUGAAGGCCGUCGUGCAUCGUGAUGUGGGUUUGGCCGCGUGUUUGGCGGAGACGGGCCCGGUGCAGGUGGCGGGCCAGCCCCUGCCCAAUUCAUUGGGGGCGGUGCAGUUUCCACACUUGCUGGCACCGGCCGAGUCGGCCGAGCUGCGCAAGCGCGUUUCGGCCCUUGAGUACUCGUUUUGGAGCAGCAACCCGGAUGACCGGGAUUUUCGCAACGCCGUCACCGUCGAGGUGCAUGAUCAGGGCCUGGCCGCCGCCCUAUGGGAACGUAUCCGUCCGCAUGUUCCUGCCCGCUUUGAGAUGAAGGAGGACGACGAGUGGUAUGAGCGAGGGACCGAGGGCGAGUGGGUCGCUUCGGGCAUCAACGAGCAUCUGCUCUUUGCUCACUACAGCGAAGGCGGCCACUUUAGCCCCCACACGGAUGGUUACACCAUUGUCGACUUUAAUCACCGCAGCCUCUACACUGUCAUUGUCUACCUCAAUGACUGUGGCGCCGGCGGUGCAACACUCUUGUACCCACCCGAGACGGAUGUGAGCUUUGUGCGCGAUGAGUUUCAGCGCUUUCGCUGGACCAUUCAACCCACCCACCGCGUUGCGUGUGAAGCCGGAUCAGGCCUCGUCUUCUUUCAAACCUUGCCCCAUGAAGGCGAGCCGGUCGGUCCAGGUACCUUCAAGACAAUCAUUCGCACCGAUGUCAUGUACCGUCGCGUACCUCCACGUUGUGAUGACGAUGCGGGUCGUUUGGCAUAUAGUCUGUACCGCGAGGCCGAGCUGCUCGAGGCUGAUGGGCAUGCUCCCGAGGCAGGUCAAAAGUUUCGCCGCGCCGUCAAGCUCUGCCCAGAGUUUGCGGACCUGAUGGGCCUUUGA